AGACUGCAGGGACAGAGCAUGUGUAGCAGAGUCAAGUAACCAGGGACAACCACACAAGCAGCACAGCCGAGAGCUCAGGGGCCCCAACAGGACACAGGAGAGAGGAUACAGCUCAGGGGCCCCAACAGGACACAGGAGAGAGGAUACAGCUCAGGGGCCCCACAAGAACACAGGAGAGGCCACAGCUUAGGGGCCCCACCAGAACACAGGAGAGGCCACAACUCAGGGGCCCCAACAGGACACAAGAGAGGCCACAGCUCAGGGGCCCCACCAGGACAAAGACUACAGCUUAGGGGCCCCACCAUUGUCAGGACACAGCUCAGGGGCCCCACCAUUGUCAGGACACAGCUCAGGGGCCCCACCAUUGUCAGGACACAGUUCAGGGGCCCUACCAUUAUCUGGACUCCGCUCCGGGGCCCCACCAGGACACAGGGGAGAGGCUGUAACCUGAGCGCACACUCCUCUCCACAGACGCGGCCUCCGCCCGGGACAUCUGGAGGCUGCGAUUCAUGAAUUAACCAUCGGAGGCCGAGACAAUGGGCAAAUCCAACAGCAAACUGAAGCCGGAGGUGGUGGAGGAGCUGACCAGGAAGACCUACUUUACAGAGAAGGAAGUGCAGCAGUGGUAUAAAGGCUUCAUCAAGGACUGUCCCAGCGGUCAGCUGGACGCUGCAGGAUUCCAGAAGAUUUACAAGCAGUUCUUCCCAUUCGGAGACCCCACAAAAUUUGCCACUUUUGUCUUCAAUGUUUUUGAUGAAAACAAAGACGGCAGGAUUGAAUUCUCCGAAUUUAUCCAGGCCUUGUCGGUGACUUCACGCGGGACGCUGGACGAGAAGCUGAGAUGGGCCUUUAAGCUCUAUGACUUGGACAAUGACGGCUACAUCACACGGAAUGAGAUGCUGGACAUAGUGGACGCCAUUUAUCAGAUGGUGGGGAACACAGUAGAGCUUCCAGAAGAAGAGAACACCCCAGAGAAAAGAGUAGAUCGGAUUUUCGCAAUGAUGGACAAGAACUCAGACGGUAAGCUCACCCUGCAGGAGUUUCAAGAAGGAUCCAAGGCCGACCCCUCAAUCGUGCAAGCGCUAUCGCUAUAUGAUGGACUGGUAUAGGGACCGCCACCACAAGUGUGUAUGCCCUUGGUAAUAAUAUCUUUCCUGUGCCACCAGACCAAUGUCAGCAGCUUAUCUCCCUCUUAUCGAUCACUCCCAUGCAGCGGCAGGAUGAGGACGCCCAUCUUGACAUGCCCUCCUCUGUCCUGAUCACCUUCACUCAGCACUGUUGGCCUGCAGGGCGGCGCUGCGGCACCAGACAUGCUUCCCAUCUCCUUCCUGCUGCUUCUUGUGUUAUCUUGCACUCGGAGAGGAUGGCCUAUUCACCAGGAAGAGCUGGCCCUAAUCUAUCUUCUUCCAGGGGCCACCAGACCUUCACUUAUACGGAAGAUCACAAAUCCUUACACUGUCCGUUCUGCGGAGGAGCAGAUUGUUACCCCCCCAGGAGGCAGAAGGAGAGGGGGGUAAGAGACGUCAGAGACUACGGAUGAGGCUGUCCCCGCUCCUGCAGGAUUUAAGACUUAAAGAGAUCUGAGAGGACCUGGCGGGAUCUGUGUGUGCGCUCCAGAUCCCGCAGUGAACGGCACGCCAUGGGUUAAUGUACAUGAUGCUGAAUUGUGCUUUUUAUUUGUGAAUAAGUGAUUUUUUUUAUACAUAUAUAUAUAUUGCAUAUCUUUUUAUUUAUUUUUUAUGUAGUUGUUGUGUCACAUGCUUGAGGUGGGGAGGGGGUGCAUAUUGGCUGCAAUUCACCUUCUUUUGUAUACGGCGUUCAUGGUACAGUAAUGCAGUGUUCCCCAACCAGCUGUGAUAAAACUACAACUCCCAUCAUGUCCUGGCAGCCCCGGCUGUGACCUUCCCAGUCAUUGCAAAACUACAACUCCCAUCAUUUCCUGGCAGCCCCAGCUGUGACCUUCCCAGUCAUUGCAAAACUACAACUCCCAUCAUUUCCUGGCAGCCCCAGCUGUGACCUUCCCAGUCAUUGCAAAACGACAACUCCCAUCAUGUCCUGGCAGCCCCGGCUGUGACCUUCCCAGUCAUUGGAAAACUACAACUCCCAUCAUGUCCUUGCAGCCCCAGCUGUGACCUUCCCAGUCAUUGGAAAACUACAACUCCCAUCAUGUCCUUGCAGCCCCAGCUGUGACCUUCCCAGUCAUUGGAAAAUUACUAGUAUCAUAAUUCCCUGACAGUCAAAUCAGUGGCCCGCAGCUAUUGUGAAACUACAACUCUCAUCAUUCCCUGACAGUCCAGCUGUCUUCUUCCCAGUCAUUGCAAAACUACAACCCCCAUCAUGCCCUGACAGUCCCAGCUGUGACCUUCCCAGUCAUUGCAAAACUACAACCCCCAUCAUGCCCUGACAGUCCCAGCUGUUACCUUCCCAGUCAUUGCAAAACUACAACCCCCAUCAUGCCCUGACAGUCC